CCAUAUUCGAUUGACAGAGACCGAUUAUCACCGAUAUCCAUUUGCAGGUCUUUCUUGCAGCCCAGCCAACUUCACGCAGCUGUCUGUGCUUUUUGUUGUUGUUGCAAAAAUGAGUGAUUCAGAAGAAGCGAAAGAAAUCGCGGAAGUUCAGCGACAUCCCGACAGCGAUCAGCCCAACAAAAUGUCAGACAGCGAGAAUAACAAUUUGCUCAACCUGGAGGAUAUUAUCCAGCCGCUUAUAGGGGCGAACUGCUCUGAUUAUGCAGUGGCCCAUGCAACUGUGAAUGUGAUACCGUUUCGCACAUUUGCAGAGGUUUCACUGCUGCCGGAUAUUGUGCAGAGGAUGAGGAAAUUGGGCCUGAACCGUCUGCAGCGGCUGCAGAGCUAUGCCUGGCCGCACAUUCUCAAUGGACCGGGCCACGGUGUCCUCAUUGUGAGUGCCCCACGAAGCGGUCGCACGAUGGGAUAUGUGCCGCCCAUUUGUCACGUGGCCAGCACGGUCCUGGCCGCGAAUCGAUACAGGAGAGAAAUGGCAAUUGACUUAUUGGAUGUCUCGCAUGGAAUGGGACCCAUUGCCCUGAUUCUAGUGCCAGAUAUAACGCGAAUGGAGCAGGUUGCCGCCCUAUGCAGUGCACUCAUGCCCAGGGAUGAGACCGUCGAGGACAUGUGGACCAUUAUGGUGAAGAAGGUGUUGACCGUUCCAUCGGAGUGCACUCCCACGUUCAUGGGUGCGUGGAUCAGCGAAAUAGGCGUCUUGGUGGCCACCCCCGCCCGAUUUGUCAACGCGUGCAAGCAAGGAGAAGGUCUGCUAAAGCUUAAUCAGCUACAGGUAGUGGUCUUCGAUGAUGUGGACCUAAUGCAGAAAGAAGAACUGAAAUUGGCCCAGCAGUACAUUCCAAGCAUGGCGGCUAAACACAAUAGGCCAAUACGCAAGGCCAAUCCCCGUCCGCAGGUGGUGAUAGUUUGUCAACACUUCACUCCGUCCCUGAUUUCCGAGGUGCGCCGUUUCAAUCAACAUCCGUGCCUGAUAUUUGGCGAUCUACUGGAAGCUGCUCUCUAUGGCGGGAUGAGAUUGUUGGUCAAUAUGGUCGGGGCGGAGGGUAAGGUCGCUACGAUCGUGAAUCUACUUCUUCAGCGCCCGCCGGCGGUGUAUCGCACCAUAAUCUUCUGCGAUGACGAUUUGCAAAUGACCCUGCUGGUCGGAGCCUUAGAGGAUUUCGAGUACCAAUGUCUGGCCUACUACCAAACCAUGGAUCUGGAGCAACUUGAUAAGGUAAGCAGCUGGACGUGUGACAGCCGCGGCCUCAUAUUUGUCUGCACUGACGACUGUCCGGAGCUGAAAAUACGCAAUGCGCACACCAUUAUCCACUACAGCAUGAGCAGCUCGUGGAACAAGUUCAAGAAUCGCUUCAUGUUUCUGUCCAACAAUGUGCCCAAUGCCCUGGAACGUCCCAAGGUACCGGAACCGGCGCCAACGGCAACAGCAACCGCAACCGAUCCAAGGAUCCUGGAUUCGCUUGUCCUCUUGGAUGAGGCGAACGCCAGGCAGCUGCCCCGUCUGGUCGACUUAAUGCUGCUCCGCCAGAAAUUGGAUCCCAAUAUUGUGGCGAUGGCUGAUCGCAUCCGCAAGAAGGUAAACACAAUGAAAAACAUUGUUAAGCCGAUAUGCAGGGAGAUCUUGACUCACGGCGACUGCUGGGACACCAGGUGCGUGCAUCGUCAUUAUUUGCACGAAUCGGAUCGCCGUUUAUCGGCAGUACCCUGCUCGGGAGACAUCAAGGUCAAAGUGCUCCGCGUGUACUCCCCCGGACACUACUGUGUAAUCGCCUACGAGCAUUUGCCCCCGGAGGAGUCUGAGACGGUUUCUGGCUAUUCAUAUGAGCGUGUCCGGGUGCUCAGUGUGCCGCCCAUUGAGAAUGUGAAUCUGGCCCAGUCGGACCUCGUGGUGCUCGUGCAGGCCAUGGACUAUAGCACUCGCCGCUUCGAGACCAAAUGCAUGUCCCUUCAUGUCUGCCCCGAUGAGUACGUCAGUGAGCCGCCAUUGUGCAUGGAUCUGCGCCUCCUGGGAAUGGUUAAUCACAUGAGUGAUCGCAAUUGGGCUGGCGCAGACGCGAAGACGGUUCAAGACUGGCUGGACAAGGCGCCCAAGGACCACUUCGUUCAGGCCAAAGUCGCAGCCCAGAUCGAGAACAAGAUAAGCAAGCGGUGUGCCCGAACCAAAGAGAAGAUUUUAAAAUUCUUCGAGGAGCUCAUCAAGCUGGACGCACCGCCGAUCCCCCAAGAACCCCCAGAACAGGAACAGGAAACGAACACAUGUGACGAUGUGCGUUUGGCGGAAAAUGGGCCCAAAGAGCACAUCGCCGAGGACAAGUACAAGAGCUCACCCUCAAAGCAGGACACUCAUAAAUUGCCGGCCAGAUUCCAGCGUGUAGUGGACCAGAUGCUUAAGAUGAGCCUGGAGAACCGCCUAUGCCAAAAGCGCAGCCAGGAAGAAACGGAUUCCGAGAAAGCCAAGACCACUAACGUCGAGCUGGAACCUAAGCAGAGUCAGAGACCUGCCACGCCUGUUGACCAGGACCAGACUGCAGAAUCGGAAGCUUCCGUACUUAAAGAGGUCCCAAUGUCCGAUUUCUACGACUGCUUCAUGAAAUGCGCCGCGCUGGACCGCAUGGAGGAAAUGGAAACGGGCACUAGCAAGGCAGGUCCGAACGUUGGCUAUCAGAUUUUGACUGAAGCCCCAGUCCAGCGCUCCCGGGAGUCCAAGAAGGCAAAGCCCAAACAAGAAUUAAUCCAAGAAUCCAACGGCGAGAAACUGUCAGCCCGGACAGGAGUAACAGCAAGUAAUGCUGCCCGUAUUUUGCGGUCCGCAUCGCGUCCCGAUGUCAAAUACUUCCAGACCCUCCACGCCCUCCAUCUGCAGGUGACCAUGGUCGAUGAAAAAGUUUCCUACCGAACACGUGUGAUAAAAAGCAGCACGAUUUUCUUUAAGGCCAUCCCUACUGUCGGAUCAGGAUUGGGAUCCGCCACUUGCAACUCUAACUCUGGGGGCUACGAGUUCUCUGUGAACACACAUAUGAUCUUCAAAGUACUUUCAAACGAACUACGACAAGAUUGUGAUCGAGGAGAAGUGGCAUCAGCGAGAAAGAUUCAACUUUGA